ACAUCACAGACAGUGUGGGAGAUAAAUACUUAUUUAACAUGAACCAAACAAAUGUAGAAGCAAGCCUGGUUGUUAACCAAUGUAGGUCUGAAGCAGACUUAAAUAAAGUCUAACUUGUGAUAGAUAAGAAAAUGUGCCAUAAUUAAUAGAAGGAGAUACACAUUGUCUUGGAAGAUACAAUAACUCACACAUCUUGAUCUGAUACAUUUCAGGAUUUGGUUUCUUUUGAACGACUAUGGCUUACACUUGGGUUGUGCUUGUGACAAUUUGUGUUUUUCUUGGCUGUACGUCGGCAAUCAAAGAAAGGAAAGAGCACUGGAUGAAAGACGGGAAGGAUAACAUUCAAGACCUCAUGCAGAUGGAACCAAAUUACAAUAUGGCCGACAACGUCAUUCUGAUGGUUGGUGAUGGUAUGGGGCUGUCCACCAUCACUGCUGGCAGAAUUUAUCAAGGUCAAAAGAAGGGCAAGAGUGGAGAAGAGAACAAACUGACAUUUGAACAAUUUCCUUACCUGGCACUUUCUAAGACCUACAAUGUUGAUCGACAAGUUCCAGAUAGUGCAGGUACAGCCGUUGCCAUGGCGACUGGAAUCAAGGUGAACUAUGGAACUCUUGGGUUAAGCAUUGAUGUUUCGCAAGGAAAUGACUGCUCCAAAGUCACGGAAGAGAAUAAACUAAAGACUGUUUUGGAUUAUGCUCUUGAAGAAGGUAAAUCUGUUGGUAUAGUGACCACUACUAGAGUGACACAUGCGACACCUGCAGCUAUGUAUGCUCACUCACCUGACAGAGACUGGGAAGGAGAUAGUGAAAUGAAUGGAAUGGCGAACUGCAGACAUGUCAAGGACAUUGCAUACCAGCUGAUCUUGGAGAAUCCAAACAUAAAUGUUAUUUUAGGAGGAGGAAGACGGUACUUUAUGAACUCAUCGACCUUUGACCCUGUCAUAGAGACAGCACAAGGACGAAGAAAUGAUGGUUUGGAUUUAAUUCAGGCUUGGAAAAACGAUAAAUUGAAAAGAAAUCUGAAACACCAAUAUGUGGACACGAGGCAACAACUGAAAGAUAUUGAUGUGGCCAGUACGGACUAUUUAUUAGGUUUGUUUGCACCCAGUCACAUGACUUACGAAGCAGACAGACUGCCAUCUAGUGUUGAACCAACUCUGUCAGAAAUGACAGAAAAGGCUAUUCAAAUCCUCAAGAAAAACCCUAAAGGAUAUUUUUUACUUAUAGAAGGUGGAAGGAUAGAUCACAGCCACCAUGACAAUGGAGCGAUGAGAGCUUUAGAAGAACUUCUAGAGUUAGAUAAUACUGUGUCCAAGGUAAACCAGUUGACUUCAGAAGACGAUACAUUGACUGUAGUGACCGCUGACCACUCCCAUGUGUUCACUAUAGCUGGCUACCCUUCCAGAGGAAACAAUAUUCUAGGUUUAGUGGAUAUCAUGGCGGAGUUAGAAACUCCCGAAGAUAAAAUGCCCUACUUGACGUUGGGGUACACGAAUGGUCCAUUCGCUAGACGUGACAACUUGACAGGAGUUAAUACAAAUACCAGUACAUUCAAACAAGGUGCUUAUAUCAAAAUGCCUAACGAGACGCAUGGUGGAGAAGACGUCAUUAUUUAUGCAAAAGGUCCAAUGGCUCAUCUAUUCCAAGGCACUAAAGAACAGUCUUAUAUAGGUCAUGUUAUGAUGUACUCUGCCUGUCUUGGCGUCUACAAGGAUAGCUGCGACAUGCCGAAGAGAAAUUCCUUGUCAGAUGCGAUCACUGCAAGACUAACUCAAACCUGUGGUGCAAUCCAUCUUAAAUCAUCAAUGUUGCUUAUGUUAACUGUUUUAAUUAUAAGUAAACACUUUGCCUAAUGAAA